AUGUGGUUUCUCAAAAAUACCUUCGGAAUUAUAACACUCCAAGUUGGUGUUAUUUCCUUCAGUUCAGUUUUUAUUACUUUGGCAGCAUGUAUUUUAUUAGUUAACGUGUUGUCUCUUGAUAUGGAAGAGCCAAUGGCUUGGAUUACCAUGUUUUUAUUUAUUUUUACUAUGACCGUAAUAUGGUCGAUUGCUUUUAUUGGUGCCUAUAAAGAACAAAAAAAUUUAGUUUCUACGGCUACAAUAUGUUGGGCAGUCUAUUUUGUAUUAUGGAAUGCAAUAGUCAUAUGGUCAUUUAUUCAACAAAACAAGAACAUUUGUAUCGGAGCUAGAUGUCCAAAUACGUUAUGGCUAAUAAACAAUUCAUGGUAUGAAUUAAAAUAUAAUGCGAAUGAAGAAGUUAAAUUAAAUAAUAAUAAAAGAUUGAAGUUAACUGAAGUUAAACGGCUAAUCGAACAAAUGAAAACUAAUAAUGAAAUAAAUAUUAAACAUAAUGAGACACGCGGGACAACAAAAAAUCAAUGGAGCAUGAUUUUAUCCACAUUAUUAAUAAUUUUGUAUACAAUUAUAUUACUAUAUUCAUGGAUGAUUUUAAUCAGUUAUCUGAAAGAAAUUCAGCACAAGAUAAAUCCACAAACAUUAGAAUAA